GGUUGGGGCGGGCGGCCCCGGCCCCUUCCCGCUGACGCCGUGCGGAGCCGGGCGAUGCUGCGGUGAGGAGGAGAGCCGGCAGGCACACGCAGGCACAGGGCGAGCCCCACGGGCGGCGGCCCCACGACCAGGCGCCGUGUGCCCGCGCCCCUCCUCCUCUCACCCGCAUGCAGCGGCGCCGAAGGCGGGACUCCCCGGUGCCGCGGUGAGGGGCAGCAGGCAGCUCUGCGGGCGGCUUUGUGCUGAGUAGAGGCGCUACUGCUGCGAGUGAAGCGCAGCCUGGCCUCCCCCCCCCGCCGUCUGCUCCCUCUGGGCUGCCUCCUGCACCUUGGCGGCGUUUCCCCGUCAGAGGAAGCCCCGUAAAUGUGUAGCAUUUGGCUACUUUGCUUCGCUCUGGGAGUCGUUCCGGCGGGGGCUGUCGCGGGUGGAGGGAGGCAGCUGAGCCCGGAGCACACCGCAGUAUGGGGGCCCGGGCUGAGAGCCGAGGCGGUCCUCCCCGCUCGCUAUUUUUAUGUGCAGGCCGUGGACACUGAAGGGCAGACGUUCACUUCAUCACCAGGUGAAAAUGCAUUCCAGGUGAAGAUAACUGCUCCAGAUGAGCAGUUCACUCGGGUUGGUGUGCAGGUAUUGGACAGGAAAGAUGGUUCAUUCAUUGUGAGAUACAGGAUGUAUGCAAGCUAUAAAAACCUGAAGAUAGAAAUUAAAACCAGAGAUAAACAUGUUGCAAAGUCUCCAUAUAUUUUAAAAGGACCUGUUUACCAUGAAAACUGUGACUGCCCUCAGGAAGAGAGCAGUGCAUGGCUGGAGGAGAUGGGCUGCCCUCAGACCAUUUCACAGAUUCAAAGAGACCUAGCAAAUUUUCCCACUGUUGAUCCAGAUAAGAUUGCAAAGGAAAUUCCACAGAGGUUUGGACAAAGACAGAGUUUGUGUCAUUACACCAUCAAAGAUAAUGAGGUUUAUAUAAAGACAUAUGGGGAACAUGUUGGCUUCAGAAUUUUCAUGGAUGCCAUACUUCUUUCUUUGACGAGAAAAGUGAAAAUGCCAGAUGUAGAAUUUUUUGUUAAUUUGGGGGAUUGGCCUUUGGAGAAAAAGAAAUCUCCGCAGAUCCUUCACCCUAUUUUCUCAUGGUGUGGGUCUAAAGAAUCAAAAGACAUUGUCAUGCCAACGUACGACUUAACAGACUCAGUUUUGGAAACUAUGGGACGAGUCAGUCUGGAUAUGAUGUCAGUUCAGGCUAAUACUGGUCCAUCAUGGGAACACAAGAAUACCACAGCAUUUUGGAGAGGACGUGACAGCAGAAAAGAGAGGCUUGAACUUGUAAAACUCAGCAGAAAAUAUCCAGAGAUCAUAGAUGCUGCUUUCACAAACUUUUUUUUUUUUAAACAUGAUGAAAGUCUCUAUGGUCCCAUUGUUAAGCACAUAUCAUUUUUUGAUUUUUUUAAGUAUAAAUAUCAAAUUAACAUUGAUGGCACAGUGGCAGCAUACAGAUUGCCUUAUCUACUAGCAGGAAACAGUGUAGUGCUAAAGCAAGACUCCAUCUACUAUGAGCAUUUUUAUAAUGAGCUACAGCCAUGGAAACACUAUAUUCCAUUUAAAAGUGACCUGAGUGAUCUACUAGAGAAACUACAGUGGGCAAAAGACCAUGAUGAAGAGGCAAAAAAUAUUGCAAAAUCUGGACAAGAAUUUGCAAGAAAUAAUCUCAUGGGUGACCAUAUUUUUUGUUACUAUUUCAAGCUUUUUCAGGAAUACUCCAAUUUGCAAGUAAAUGAGCCAAAAAUCAGAGAUGGUAUGGAGAGAGUGCAGCAGCCUGAUGAUGACCUUUUUCCAUGUACUUGCCACAGAAAAAAGACCAAAGAUGAACUCUGACAGAAACAAAUAAAAUCAUUUUCUGGAAUAUUUGCCCACACUAAGAAUCUCUUCUUAAAGAAAGAAGGAAAAUUUGCAUUAAAACUUCAAUGGAUAUCCUGAAGUUUAUUGCAUCAUGAUCUACGUUUGGAAGAAAACCAGCCACCACAAAUUUUCUUCUUAUCAUGCAGUCAUUUAACUUUGUUCAAAAAUGUUUUUAUAAUUUUUUUAAAUAAAAAACAUCUUUAUAUCA